AUGACGCACGCGAAUACGUCCAAAGCUGCUCCAAAGAAAAAUCAAGAAUUUUCUGAUAGGAGCAAGCCUCAAGCUAUCCGCGAAAGCAAUAUCAUCGCUGCUAAAGCUGUUGCUGAUGCCAUUCGCACAAGUCUCGGGCCCAGAGGAAUGGAUAAAAUGAUUUUGGAGCACAAGGGUGAUGUCACGAUCACCAAUGACGGUGCAACCAUUCUCAAGCAGAUGAAGCUGCUACAUCCAGCUGCAAAAAUGCUUGUGGAACUUUCCAAGGCUCAAGACAUUGAGGCUGGUGACGGCACAACCUCAGUUGUUGUCUUAGCUGGCAGUCUUCUCGAUGCGAGUGCCAAGCUGUUAAACAAAGGCCUCCAUCCAACUAUUAUUUCGGAAGCCUUCCAGUUAGCAGCCACAAAGGCGUGCGAGAUCAUUGCGGAAAUGUCCCGCCCUAUUGAUCUCGCCGACAAGGAUUCGCUACUGAAAAUCGCCUCAACCUCGCUUAACUCCAAGGUGGUGUCGCAGUACUCAAGUAUACUUUCUCCCAUCGCUGUGGACUCGGUUCUUGGGACCGUGGAGGACGCUCAGCUCAUCGAUGGUCUCUUGUUAAACCAAAAGGUUGAACCGGGUUGUGGUGUUCGCCGAGUUGAAAAGGCUAAAAUUGCCCUGGUCCAAUUUUGCAUUUCCCCACCGAAAACCGACAUGGAGAACAACGUGGUUGUGACUGACUACACGCAGAUGGAUCGUAUCAUGAAGGAGGAGCGUCAGUACAUCCUCAACAUCGUUAAAGCCGUCAAGAAGUCGGGCGCUAAUGUGAUUCUCGUGCAGAAGAGUAUCCUCCGUGACGCAGUCAAUGAUCUUGCUCUGCACUAUUUCGGCAAGCUAAAGAUUAUGGUGGUGAAGGAUAUUGAGCGUGACGAGGUGGAGUUCAUCUGCAAGACUCUUAAAUGUGUUCCGGCCGCGAGUGUGGAUCACCUCACGCCCGAGAUACUCGGCAAAGCCGACCUUGUCGAGGAGAUCGAAAGCGGUGGUUCAAAGAUUGUCAAGGUCUCUGGCAUUCAGAACCGAGGUCGCACUGUCUCUGUUCUCCUUCGCGGCUCUAACAAACUUGUCCUCGAAGAAGCCGACAGGUCCCUCCACGACGCGCUCUGUGUCAUUCGCUGUCUUGUAAAACGUCGAGCUCUCAUCGCCGGGGGUGGUGCACCGGAGAUCGAAAUAUCUCAGAAGUUGGCUCUCUUGGCCAACCAGAUAACAGGCCUGGAGCAGUACUGUGUGCGAGCUUUCGCCGACGCCAUGGAGGUGAUACCCUACACGCUUGCCGAGAACGCCGGUCUCAAUCCCAUCCAGACGGUCACUGAGCUCAGAGCGCGCCACGCCCAGGGCGAGAUCAACUGUGGCAUCAAUGUUCGCAAGGGCUUCGUCAGCGACAUGAUCGCUGAGAAUGUGCUUCAGCCGCUUCAAGUGACUCAUAGUGCCAUCACCCUGGCAACGGAGACUGUCCGCAGCAUUUUGAAGAUCGAUGACGUGGUCAACGCCGUUCGUUCCUAA